UCAUUGAAUUCAAAUGAUGAUCAAAGCGGAAACGAUGAUGACUCCGAUGAUGAUAGUGAUGAUGGAGAUUCGGAAUCGGACUCAGAUGAAUCGGAAAACAAUAGGUUUGCCGAUUUGGCACGGAAAAAGGACACCAAAGGUGAAAUAAUGUCAACAACAAAACUACUUGAACAAGGUGUUACAAAGGAAACAUUUGAACGAUCUCAAGCGAAAAUAUUGGUCAAACCGAUUUGUUGUGCAUGUUUAGGUGAUCGAAGUGAUGAUACAAAUGAAAUUGUGGAAUGUGAUAAUUGUGGCAUAUCAGUUCAUGAAGGCUGCUAUGGCAUCAGUGAUUCGACCAGUGUGUCCAGCACGGUAUCAUCGUGCUCGACGGAACCAUGGUUUUGUGAAGCAUGCAAAGCCAAUAUAACUGAUCCGGCAUGUGAACUAUGCCCAAACAAAGGUGGCAUUUUUAAAGAGACUGACGUCGGCAAAUGGGUACAUCUUGUAUGUGCAUUAUAUGUACCUGGUGUUGCAUUUGGUGAAGUUGAUCAUUUGUCAUCGGUGACCCUGUUUGAAAUGCCAUAUAGUAAAUGGGGUGCAAAAACCUGUUCGCUUUGUGACGAUGCCCGAUAUUCUCGAUGUGGUGUUUGCAUUGGUUGUGACGCUGGCAUGUGUAAAACAUAUUUUCAUGUAACAUGCGCACAAGCAGCAGGUUUAUUGCAACCGUUUGAAGCACAUUCAGAAGACGCUGAUCCAUUUUAUGCUCAUUGCAAAAUUCAUUCGGAUAAAACAUUGAUCAAACAUCGAAAACGAAAUUAUGAUGUGCUUCGCUUAAAGAUGAGUUACCGCAGUGUAAAUUUUGAACAGCUCAAACAACAAAAUACUAGUCCUGAACAGAAACGCAUCGAACGAAAACUCAAGAAACACAGAAACAAAUAUAUUAGCAAUAAGUUAAUUAAGAAUGAACCAUGGGUACCAACCCAAAAAAUGCCACGGUUACUCACUACAAGCGCCUCAGCGUGCCGAAGGUUAUUAGCAAAAGCUGAACUAAUGGGAAUAGAUGUGGCGGCAUUAGAAUUUCAAGAAGCACAAAUUGCCUCUUUAAACGAUGUUCGAAAGAAGUGGCACAUUCCUCCUGCAUUUAGUGUUGAGUUCAUUGGAUAUUAUUUAGAUAGGAUCACAAGGUCAAAGGAUGUUAAGAAAAAUUUACAGGAACAAAUAGAACUGAAUAAGACUUUAACCAGCGAACAGCAAACGCUUCGAGAAAAAUACGAUGAGUGUAUUGCCAUUCGCGCCGAACACGUUGCUAAGAAAAAUGAUCUAACAGAGAAAAUUGAAAAAUUGCAUUCGGCCAUAUCAGCUCUGUGUCCGAAUAAAACAUUAACAUCGAUAGAUAAUAUAGUGGCACAACACGUUGAAGCGGCAACAAAUCCGACGCCAUUGCCUGUAUCCAGGCCAAUGUCAGUACCAACUGCUGCCGCACUUAAGAUGGGCGUCGGUUUUCCUUUAACCAUCGGAACAAAUGACGAUACCACACGAAUUCUAAGUACACAAUGUCAAAAUAAACCAGAACCAGUUUACGAAUGUGGCAUAUGUAAACGAGUUAAUGAUCAACAUUUGCUCGCAAAAUGUGAUACAUGCCAUUUACACUAUCAUUUGGGUUGUUUGAAUCCACCAUUGACGAGACAUCCGAAAAAAUCAAAAAUAUACGGAUGGCAAUGUUCAGAGUGCGAUGAAGAUAAUCCAGAGGGUGUUGUUCAACUAACAUCAGGUCCUAGAAAAUCACGAACUAAAUAUAGCAAAGAUGGUACAAUAGUGCCCGUUGAUUCAUCGCGUGAUGUCAGCAUGGACGAAAGUGGUGCUGACGAUGAGAAAAUAAAUGUGCAAUCCAUAAAAAAUUCUAUUCAAACAACAAAAUCACCGACACCGUCACCAAUAAAAAAGCUUAGCAAACAGGAUAACAUCGAAAAAUCGCCAACCAAGAAAAAGAAAUCGGCGACAUUGGAAGACGGUGACAUUUCUACAGCUGAAUCUACCAAGUCGGAGUCUACAAACAGUCCAAUAAAAUGCAAAAAGUCACUGAGCGAAUUGUCAACGAAUCUCGAUAAAGUCAUUGAAGCUGUUUCAAAGGGCAUUUUAGACGAUAGCUAUAAAUCGAAUAAUGAAUUAAAUCAUUAUCAUAUUGAAAGUGGGCCAAUGAAAGUCAAUGGCGUUCAAACCAAAUUGAACGAUACAAAAUCACCGGCUAAAUCGUCAGAAACAAAAAUUAAGGCAAUUAAAAAGUCGAAAAAAGAGAAAGAGAGAGAUAAAGACAAGUGUAAAGAUAAGGAUAAAGAAAAAGAUAAAGAUAAAGAGAAGGAUAGAGAAAAGGACAAAGAAAAGGGCAAGGUCAAGGAGAAAACAAAACGAAAAGAAAGUUCAAAAUCAAUAACAUCACCAUCGAAAAAACACGAUAUUAAAGAAGAAUUAUUGAGUAAUGAUGAAAGUAAAAAAAUUAAAGAAUACAGGGCUGGUAAUACAACUGAUACAACUGAUGUAUGUCCCAUUGGUGAUGAUAAAAUGAACAUUUCAAUUGAUUCAACUGUAUCCACGGGAGAAACACAUAUACAAGCAGUGGAUAAACCGGUCAAUGGAGACAUUCCCAUUGUCUCAAAUACUAUUAUGAAUGGUAACAUUGAAGAUACAACGACAACAAAAAUGUCGGACACCGAAGCCGAGCGGAAACAAAGUAGAAAACGACGAAAAGAAAAACAUCGCAAUAAACAUGGACUUGAUUCGGAUCGAUCAUCAUCAAAAGAACACAAAAAGAAGAGAAAACGAAAGAGUCGCGACCGUGAAAAUCCAGAUUCGUUUCCGCUCGCUGAUGGAGUACCUAAAAUCAAAAUAAAGUUCAAAGCGUUACCAUUGCCCGGAGAAACUGCAGCUGAAUCACAUUUCUUUUAUGUUCCCGCCAAUAUGGUAAGACCAAGAUUCGGCCAGCUUCGUAAGACACGGCCAGCUUCGGUAAAUUCGAUAGACGAUGUUACCUCAACACCAUUCACAUCGAAAUCACCACCACCAUCAACUGUAUCAUCACCUGUUGGCACACCACAAAAAGACGCAAACAAAACAAAAUCCACAAUGUCUCCAGGUCGUACACGACGUUCAUCUGUCCUGCUUAGUCCACCAAAAGCAAAUUCACGACGUACAUCGACUCCCAUUGUCGGCAGUUCAAAUUCAAAUGACACCAAUGACAUUCAAGUGUGCUUCGUAUGCCAAGCUAAUGGAACUUCGCAGGAACUAGUCAAGUGUGACGAAUGUAAAAAGAGCUACCAUUUUCAAUGUUUGGACCCUCCGUUGAAAAAGACACCAAAAAGACGAGGCUACUCUUGGAUUUGUGCCGAUUGUGACCCAACUGAUAAAGAGGACAACUAGCGUUUAAAGAAGCGGCCAAAGUGCAGAAAACCAUAAACAAAAUAUAUGUAAAUCUCAGUUUUACAAGAAAUUUAUUUGAAAAUAAGACUUGCCACUUGAAUUUUCUGGACGAAAAUUCUCGAUCUAAAUACCGUCAAGUAUUUCAUUUUAACAGAAAUUUUAUUCGAAUUUCCUACAAAUUUUCAAUACGUUCAAGUAUUAUUAUUACAAAUGACUUUGCUUAAAAUUCGAUACAUGACAGCUAAUAAAUAAAUCGAAUGUC